CACGAAUCUUUCUCGACAAGACUCUCUACCCACUACCAUUAUCAGCCAUGGCGGCUAUCGCCCGCGCGGCAAUGCUGCUGCUGGUCCUGCUGUUCGCUGCUGCUGCUCCGGCCCUCGCGCUCCAGCUCAACAACCGCAACCUCACGACAUUUCUCUUCCCCUCCCCCGACGAGUAUUGGGUGCUCGGCGCGCAAAACUCGGCAGUCUGGCGCAGCGUCAACCUCUCGACCGACCUGUUCAUCACCAACCCCUUCGUGUCGGCGUUCACGUCGCCCGUGCUGCUCUCGAGCAACUCCCCACCACAGUGGAUCUCCAUCGACAUCCCGGCAAACAACAGCAUCGUCGCCCGCGCACCGCCUGCGACGGGGUACACUCUGUUCCUCACCUCGGCCGGCGUCGACUCUGACGUCGUCGCCGUCUCGGGCCAGUUCGAGAUCAAGCCGACGGGCACGACGCCCCUCUCGCCGCAGUACACGCGCCGUCCGCCAAGCAGCGCGUCGCGGGCCACCAUACCCGGCGCAGCGCUCGCUGCCGCCGCUGCUGGCGCCGCUGCCCUCCUACUCUAGCCGCUG